CUGUGCUAUCGUGACUAAGAUGGAAGCGUUCCUGGAGUCGCGGUCGGGACUUUGGGCCGGGGGCCCGGCUCUGGGGCAGUUUUACCGCAUCCCGCCCUCUCCCAGUUCCUUCGUGGAUGUGGCAUCCGCGCCCUACGGGGGUCCGAGUACGCGGACCCAGAACCCCAUGGUGACCGGGACCUCGGUCCUCGGGGUCAAGUUCGAGGGCGGAGUGGUGAUUGCAGCCGACAUGCUGGGCUCCUACGGGUCCUUGGCUCGUUUCCGCAACAUCUCUCGCAUUAUGCGCGUUAACAACAGCACCAUGCUGGGGGCCUCCGGAGACUACGCUGAUUUCCAGUAUUUGCAGCAGGUUCUCGGCCAGAUGGUGAUUGACGAGGAGCUGUUGGGAGACGGACACAGCUACAGCCCCAAAGCCAUUCAUUCCUGGCUGACCAGGGCCAUGUACAGCCGCCGCUCCAAGAUGAAUCCCCUCUGGAACACCAUGGUCAUUGGCGGCUAUGCUGAUGGAGAGAGCUUCCUCGGUUAUGUGGACAUGCUUGGUGUAGCCUACGAAGCGCCUUCGCUGGCCACUGGUUAUGGUGCAUACUUGGCUCAGCCUCUGUUGCGAGAAUUUCUGGAGAAGCAGCCCGUGGUGAGCCAGGCGGAGGCCCGAGAGCUAGUGGAACGCUGCAUGCGGGUGUUGUACUAUCGAGAUGCCCGUUCCUAUAAUCGGUUUCAAGUCGCCACUGUAACAGAAAAAGGUGUUGAAAUAGAGGGACCACUGUCUGCUGAGACCAACUGGGAUAUUGCCCACAUGAUAAGUGGCUUUGAGUGAAUACAGACACAUUAUCCAGAAGUGAAGCUGUACCCUUCUUUUAACUUUAAACUUGGCUGGUUCAGAGGUGGACUUUUCUUUUGUAAAAUAAAUUCUUCCAAACACUU